GCCGAGCUGCGCGCGGCCGUGUUCCUGGCGCUGGAGGAGCAGGAGAAGGUGGAGAACAAAACUCCUUUAGUCAAUGAGAGCCUGAGGAAGUUCUUAAACACGAAAGAUGGCCGUUUAGUGGCUAGUCUUGUUGCAGAAUUCCUACAGUUUUUCAACCUUGACUUUACCUUGGCCGUUUUUCAACCUGAAACUAGCACGUUCCAAGGUCUAGAAGGUCGAGAGAAUUUAGCCCGGGACUUAGGAAUCAUUGAAGCUGAAGGUACUGUGGGCGGGCCCUUGUUACUGGAAGUGAUUCGACGCUGCCAGCAGAAGGAGAAGGGGCCCGCCAAUGGCGAAGGCGUGCCCGAUCUGUCUGAUGUACGUUCCCCACCAAAGUCGCCAGAAGCAAAAACAAGUUCCCAGACCACCCCCAGUAAGAUACCAAGGUAUAAAGGACAAGGUAAGAAGAAGACAAGCGGGCAGAAGGCUGGUGACCAGAAGGCCAGCGGCGAGGCCAGUCAGAGCGACACGAGCGCCGCCUCGUCGGAGCUGAGGAGCAGGGGCAGUCCUCACCUGCUGCCCCAGGAAGCCACAGUCGGGGCGCUCCUGAGCCCCAGAACCGCGGAGGGCGCAGAUGGAGCCGGCCCCUGUGCGGAUGCAGACGACCUGGAAGGGGACUCUUUCUUUGACGACCCUAUUCCUGGGCCCGAGAAAACGUACGGCUGGAGAAGUGAAGCUAGGAGGCCAGUGGGCAGCCUGGCCCCCCUCUCAGACGCGCCCCCCGUGCGGAGUGGACUCAGCUCACUGGAGGGAGCCCCCUCCUUGAAAGACUCUGAGAGCAAGAGAGGAAGCGCGGUGCUGAAGGAUCUGAAGCUAGUCAACGAUAAAAUGGGGUCCCUGGGAUUAGGCGCUGGAGAGGAUGACGACUAUGUCGACGACUUUAAUAGUACCAGCCAUCGCUCAGAAAGAAGCGAGUUGAGUAUCGGUGAAGAGAUCGAAGAAGACCUCUCUGUGGAAAUCGAGGACAUCAACACCAGCGAUAAACUGGAGGACCUCACGCAGGACCUGACUGUGUCCCAGCUGAGUGACGUUGCGGACUACCUGGAGGACGUGGCGUAGCCUCGAGGAAGGAAGCCCCUGACCUGAGGCCUGGACGCCCGCUGCAGGGUCUGCCCCGUGUGCCUUCGUUCAGAGACUGCAGAUAUUUUUGAAGUUAACUUUCCGGUUUACUAAACAAAAUACUUCUACGUGAGCGCGUGUGUGGAGGGUUUCAUACUCCUGAUUUGGCUCUGGAAAUCGAGCAGGAAGGGCAGCCCCGCAGUGUUGUGACCACCUUGGGGGGGGGGGGGGCCGUGAGCCGCAGGUGUACACAGCCCUGAGUGUGAGUGCGGGCGUAGCCGGCCCCAGGAGGCGGCUCCUACCAGCCGCCCGCCGAGUGUGUUUUGAUAGUAGGGGCUCUGCACGUGGUUGGCAGAAUGACUGAGUGAAUCUCUAACACGGAAGCAUAUCGAUGUAAGGUAAACUUGCUGUGUCGACUUCAUUCUGUAUUUCCUUCCAUUUGGGAGGUUUGUUAGACCAUUAAGGUUAUAUUAAAGUACUCUUGUGUGUGCUGUUUAGUUGUGCUUGUUUUAAAGAGAGAGAACUGUCAACAAUAGCAUUCGUAGUCGCUGUCCCGCCUGUGGUCCAUGUCAGCAGCGUUAGUGAUGGGUUAGAAUCUGUUAUCUGUAAGAUGCCUUGACAUUCAAUACCAAAAUGCAUCUGAAACCAGUAAGUGGUGCUUUUAUUUCAGAUCUGUCAGUUGAUUAUAUUAAAUCCAAAUUGGAAUGGAAUAGUAGUAAUGGCCUAAGACCAUGUUCAGUUUGACCGUCUUGAUUUCACUGUACAAGUUCGUCCCAGCCUUUAGAAGUGGAGGUGUGACGGACUUCCCAGCAGCCCGUGCGCCUGUGAUCAGACACUGACGUCUGUGAUGCAGGCCGCACGACGGCAAAGCAGGUGGAGUGACGCAAGUGUCCUCAUAUAGAUAAGGAAAGGUGUAACCGUGUCACACUUUCAUAUUUUUUAAUUUCAAUUAAAUUAUGGAUUUUUAUUAAGAGUUACCUUUUUUAAUAAAAGGAGCAAAUUAGGUGUAAUUCUUUGGUCUCAGUGAGCAGACUUUGUGGCUGCAGGAUGCCUGUUGUUCUCUUAUGUUAGCCUCAACGUUGCAGGGACGUUUGUUGGGUCCUAAAAUGUAGGGGGAAUAAAAAUGUGAGGGCGAAGGCUGUCCAGCCUCAGCGUCUGGUUCUGCCGUGGCGGUGACGCCGAGCUGUGAAGGCUGUCCAGAGUCAGGGUCUGGUUGUGCAGUGGCGGUGACGCCGAGCUGUGAAGGCUGUCCAGCGUCAGGGUCUGGUUGUGCAGUGGCAGUGAAGCCAAGCUGUAGCCGUCGAGAGGAAGGAGCACGGAGCGCGGCAGCCGGACGCUCCUGGCUGUGUCACCUGUCGCAUGUACGCGGACAGCGCUGGGUACAUCCUCUCGUCCACGGUCGCUUUCUGAGAGUGCUCUGUUCUGUCCUGGCUGCUAUGAUCUGGGUCAGCGGCGUGAUUUAUUUUUGUUUGAUGGGUGCUAGAUGUUAGUGGAUUGGUUGGAUAGCAUAGCAGGAGAUGGCCUUUAAUUUGGGGGAACUGGGGAGAGCAGUGUGUGGAAUUCAUCUUUCUUGUCCUGCGCGCCCUGCUGCUGCUCCCUGGGCGGGGGGCACAGCAGCUGCAAGCGUCCUGUUGAAUCGUGAACGACCUGGAGUCAGCGUGGAAGAGUUACUGCACCGCACUCUGAUGGUCUGGCCGACGGGUGAGGUGACGGCGUUCCAUGUCAUUACUGUUCUCCUUUUGUUAGAAACCAGACACUGAAGCAGUCACCCCCAAAGCGCAUUUUCUGGUGACCUGUAUCACAGUGGAGUUUGGAAAACGCCAGGUCUUUGAUAACUGCAAAUGAAUAAAAAGCGUUUCCUUGUU